CAAAAAAACAAAAACUUUCCAAAAAAAUAAAUAUUCCUCAUAUUUAUAAAUAUGUGUUAUAACUCGGGAGCUCUAAAGGAAUUAGCAGUUCAACAAGAAGAGAAAAAGAAGGGGUGUUUUUUCCUUAUUGUAGUUGGUAACAAACUUUGAUUUCUUAAUUAGCAGCUUCUUCAAUAAUUCUCAAUUAUCCUAAAAUGGAGAAUAUGGGUUUUGAGAAACAGAGACUAUUAGGAGAAUUUGAAGAAAAGGGUGUUGAGGAAAUUUGUAUUUCUGAUCAUAUGAAUGGAUUGCAGUACACAAGCACAAAAUCAGAUAGCUUUGUUGUGGACAUGGAACGAUUUUCUCAUAUCAUAGAGAAAGACAUAAAUGCCAAUUCAAGAAUUACUUUACAGAGGAACCUUUCAAGAAAAGGAUCAUUUCGAAGCGGCGAGAAGAAAACAAAUUCAAAUGCUGUCACUGAGAAAGACACGGCAAAUUCCCCUAGAGCAAGUUCAUUGCUAGGAGGAGGUAGCACGCCAGAAAAGGCCAUGGCAUUGACUACUAGUAGUGAUCAACAUACCCCACAAACCCAUAAUCAUCAGAUCACUAUAGUGGCCGGCCAUGGCAGCGCCACCGCCACCGAAAGUCAAAUAGGUGGCAGGAGAUUCAGUUACCGACGAUCAACUAAUUGGACCAUUGAUCCUAGGAGGAUCCUUCUCUUCUCUGCUACAUUGACAUGUAUGGGAACAAUAUUAUUGAUUUAUUUUACAUUAUCCAUUCCCAAAGUAAAUGGAGAAGAGUGAUCUUAGUGGAUGAUAUAUAUAAAGCAUGAAGAAGGCACUAGCUAGUUCUAACUCAGAAGCCUGUAUAUUAUAUAAAUGUAGAAGCUGCAGAGAGACAUGAGCAUAACAAAGAAAAAGGUUAGUAUAAAGGGCUUAAACUACAGAUAGAAGUUGCAUUACCAAAGUUUCAAAAGAGAAGAAUAGAAAGCCAUCAUGACAAAUAUUGGCAAUAAAUAUUCUGUUCUAAUGAGUACCUUUUCUUUGUUAGGUUCUCUUUUUGUAAUAUUUCCUCCCGUAGAGUUUAAGUUCUAUGUACUGACAGUGUAAAAACUCAAUUAAGUUACUUAAUUUAACUAGAAUCAAGGUUUUAUGAUAACUUACAUGAUA